AAGCGGCGCGCAUGCACAACUGUCAGCACCAAGGACAGCAGCCGCUCAGCCCGGAGCGACCAGCCAGCGACGCAUCGGGGUGAUCAGUCCGCACAUAGCGCGCGGAGCAGCGGCUGGAGGGAGCGAUACACAUCCCGGAGAAGAAGCAGCCCGGAAGCUUGGACAAUGGUUUGAGUGUAUUUUCCAAACCGCGGGGAGGUUUGUGCCAUUCUGCAGAGGAGAGCAAGAAAAGAAGUGGACAAUGCGGUGUGGACGUCCCUGGUUGACAACCUGCCCCUAAUAUGCACAUUCCUCCGCAUUGCACAUAAAAUCCACCUUUCUUUUCUCAGUCCUCCUCCAUCCUUUUUUGGCCUGCCUCCCUCCUUCGCUCACACCGCCCACCUGGAUCGUGUCUGCAGUCGUGCAUUCAUAUAGCUGAGCCGUGCCGCUGUCCAGAAGCUGGUCGAGCCGACCCGCCACCGGGGAGAAAAGCGACCGGGCUGUACUGUGCUGUUUGGUGGUCCACACGAUGCGUCUGUUUCUGCUGGCGGUGCUCUUCUCGUGCUCCUGCGCGCGGGCCGGCUGUGAGCCGAAAAUCGUGAACAUCGGGGCCGUCCUGAGCCAGAAGAGAUACGAGCAGGUCUUCAAAGAUGCCGUGACCCAGGCCAACCAGGUCUACGGCAGGGAUAAAUUCAAGCUGACCGCCAUCUCCGUAACGCACAAGCCCAACGCCAUCCAGAUGGCUCUCUCCGUCUGCGAGGACCUCAUCUCCAGUCAGGUCUACGCUAUCCUGGUGAGUCACCCUCCCCAGUCCAAUGACCACCUCACUCCAACGCCUGUCUCCUACACUGCAGGCUUCUACCGCAUCCCCGUGGUGGGGCUCACCACCCGUAUGUCCAUCUACUCGGACAAGAGUAUCCACCUGUCCUUUCUGCGGACAGUCCCUCCCUAUUCCCACCAGGCGCAUGUGUGGUUCGACCUUAUGCGUGAGUUCAACUGGAACCACAUCAUCUUGAUAGUGAGCGAUGACCACGAGGGGCGGGCUGCUCAAAAGAGGCUCGAGACCCUGUUGGAGGAGAGAGAAACAAAGAAUAAAAAAAGGAACUAUGAAAACCUCGACCAACUGUCCUAUGACAACAAGCGAGGACCUAAGGCAGAGAAAGUCCUCCAGUUCAGCCAGGAGACUAACUUAACUGCCCUGCUGCUGGAGGCGAAAGAGCUGGAGGCCCGAGUCAUCAUUCUAUCCGCCAGUGAGGAGGACGCUGCUGCAGUGUACAAGGCUGCCCGCUUCCUCAACAUGACCGGCUCGGGGUACGUGUGGCUGGUGGGCGAGCGGGAGAUGUCGGGUAAAGCCCUGAGCGAGGCGCCAGACGGUCUGAUCGGCCUCCAGCUCAUCAACGGGAAGAAUGAGUCAGCCCAUAUCAAUGAUGCGGUGGCUGUGGUGGCUCAGUCCAUCCAGGAGCUCUUUGAGAAGGAGAAUAUCACGGAACCCCCGAGAGGAUGCGUGGGCAACACCAACAUCUGGAAAACAGGGCCACUCUUUAAACGGGUGCUGAUGUCAUCCAAAUACCCAGAGGGCCUCACAGGACGCGUGGAGUUCAAUGACGAUGGAGACAGAAAGUACGCCCAUUACAGCAUACUCAACUACCAGAAGAGUCGACUCAUUCAAGUCGGCAUCUACAAUGGAACACAGGUGGUAAUGAACAAUCAGCGGAAGAUCAUCUGGCCCGGAGGAGAGACUGAGAAACCACAGGGCUUCCAGAUGUCCACUCGAUUAAAGAUAGUGACGAUACACCAGGAGCCAUUUGUAUAUGUGAAACCCACUCAGCCGGACGGAACAUGCAAGGAGGAAAUGACAUUAAAUGGAGUCUUAAUUAAAAAGGUUAUCUGCACUGGGCCCAAUGAGACCAUCCCAGGUAACCUAUCAGGACGCCCAAUUGUGCCCCAGUGUUGUUAUGGAUUCUGUAUUGAUCUCCUCAUCAAGUUGGCUAUGACCAUGAACUUUACCUAUGAGGUGCAUCUGGUGGCUGAUGGGAAAUUCGGAACUCAGGAGCGGGUGAACAACAGUAACAAGAAAGAGUGGAAUGGCAUGAUGGGUGAGCUCCUCGGGGGCCUGGCUGACAUGAUUGUAGCCCCGCUGACUAUAAACAACGAACGAGCCCAGUACAUCGAGUUCUCCAAACCCUUUAAAUAUCAAGGCCUCACCAUCCUUGUUAAAAAGGAAAUACCUCGCAGUACGCUGGACUCAUUCAUGCAACCGUUCCAAAGCACACUGUGGCUGCUGGUGGGUCUAUCGGUGCAUGUGGUGGCGGUGAUGCUUUACCUACUAGACCGGUUCAGCCCGUUUGGAAGAUUUAAAGUAAACAGUGAAGAAGAAGAAGAAGAUGCCCUCACCUUAUCAUCUGCUAUGUGGUUCUCCUGGGGAGUGUUGCUGAACUCUGGAAUUGGAGAAGGUGCACCGCGCAGCUUCUCAGCGAGAAUCCUGGGUAUGGUGUGGGCUGGAUUUGCCAUGAUCAUUGUGGCUUCCUAUACUGCCAACCUGGCUGCCUUCCUGGUGUUGGACCGGCCUGAGGAGCGCAUCACCGGCAUCAAUGAUCCACGGCUGAGAAACCCAUCGGACAAGUUCAUCUACGCCACAGUGAAGCAAAGCUCCGUGGACAUCUACUUCCGGCGGCAGGUGGAGCUUAGCACCAUGUACCGCCACAUGGAGAAGCACAACUAUGAGAGUGCCGCCGAGGCUAUCCAGGCCGUGCGUGACAACAAGCUGCAUGCUUUCAUCUGGGACUCUGCGGUGCUGGAGUUUGAAGCCUCGCAGAAGUGCGACCUGGUGACCACGGGAGAGCUGUUUUUCCGUUCGGGCUUUGGCAUAGGCAUGCGCAAGGACAGCCCCUGGAAACAGAAUGUGUCCCUGGCCAUUCUCAGUUCUCAUGAGAACGGCUUCAUGGAAGACCUAGAUAAAACCUGGGUGAGAUACCAGGAGUGUGACUCAAGGAGCAAUGCCCCAGCCACACUCACCUUUGAAAACAUGGCAGGAGUGUUCAUGCUGGUGGCUGGUGGUAUUGCGGCAGGGAUCUUCCUAAUCUUCAUUGAAAUCGCCUAUAAGCGCCAUAAAGACGCCCGCAGGAAGCAGAUGCAGCUGGCCUUUGCGGCGGUCAAUGUUUGGAGGAAGAACCUGCAGCCCUCUUCCUCUCUAGAGACUCAGGAUGAUAGGAAAAGUGGUAGAGCAGAGCCCGACCCCAAAAAGAAAGCCUCUUUUAGGUCCAUCAGUACCACCCUGGCCUCCAGCAUCAAGAGACGUAGGUCCUCCAAAGACACGCAGUACCCACCCACUGACAUCACGGGCCAGCUCAACUUGUCUGACCCGUCUGUCAGCACCGUGGUGUAAAGAGAGGGAGACACCGAGGUUCGCUCCCCAGGGAGAGAGGAAGCGAGACGAGGAAGAAAAAGGAGAGGAGGAAGAAGUGGAGGCGACAGGGAGGGAGAGCCCAUCUCCUCGUUCCCUUCGCCGCUCGAAGCCGAAGCUUUCAUUUCACCGCCUGUCGACGGAGCUUUUGAGGAAACCGCUUGCUGAAGAAGUGUCUGAAAACACUGAACUUGCACCUUUUUUUAAAAAGUCAGGAUUACCUGACGUUAGAUGUUCCCUGAGCAUGCACAUUAGACCCCAUCUGACUCACAUAUACGAUCUUUUCCUUCUGUAUAUUAUUAGCAAACUUAUUUAACCUUGUUUUUGUCCUUUUACUCACAGAAAUUUACUUAAUGUUUGAUGUGCUUUCAAAUUUCCUGUAUAAGUUUAGAAAGCCAGGUUGAGUUUAGGUUAGGUUUAUGGAUUAACCAAGUUUCGGUGCAAGUACUGUACUCAACAUAUCACUUCCAAUUAGGGCUUAGAUACCAUAGUAAUAUCUAGUUUUCUGAACAACAUAUACUGCAAUACAAGACGUACUGUAAGCUUCAAUGGAUAUCAAGUAUUUUUUAAUAGGAACUACCUACCUGUGUUUUUAUCGACACUUUAAAGGUUUUUAGAAGACAUUUCUUUAAUUGAGAAGCACUAAUAAUGGCACUAACAAUGAGGAUCUUGUCUACCAGAGAAGAUGAUAGAAGCAUGUGUGUGCUUGUAUAUGAAUAAGAGCUUUAUGUAUAUGAAUGAUGAAACUACUAUUUUGAAGAUCAGAUUCUGUAGUUUAAAAUCAUAUCUUUUUCCCCUUUAAUUUUGUACUAAUCUGCCAAAUGCAUGUUUUUAUUUUCAUUUCUAGUGAGAACUCUUAAAGAUAAGCUGUGAUGCUUUAUACUAUUUAUAGCAAGAUUAAGCAGGUGAACGUAUGAACUCGCAGAUUCAUUUGCAAUCUGAUGAAACAGUUGAGUAAGGCUGGUGUUUUUAUGUCCAAACACUCAUCCGGGAGCCAUGUUGCUUUUGGGGACGCCCUCUCUCUUCCUCUCUCCUGCCGCAGCAGUCUUUCUCAUUUCCAGUCUCCGAGGGGUUGCAUCAAAGGGCCAGGUUUUUCACCCAACCAGCACUCGGCCCUUCGUGCAAAACCUCCUCCUGGCGCAGAGCCGGAGAACUUUUGCACGAAAGAAACCCGAGUGGAUUGAAAGCGUGGCUCAGCUUGCGAGCUUCUUUGCAGGUCUUGGUUAGAUGCAAAAACAGGCCGUUUCCCAUUUUCUGGAGCUGAGAAACCACUGCUGUUUGUUGAAAAGACCAUCACUAUCCUGCCCGGUCUCUGGCACUGCUUAGCACUUUAUGCUGAGGCGUCUCCCAAACUGUAAAAUAAAGAUGUGGAUUUACCACUGUAACAUCAGCCAAACACAUUCUCCACUCUGACAUGUUUUAAUUUCACAAACCUCUUUUUCUUUUUACUCUUAGAAAAACAGCUGUAAGAUCAAUAACGACACAAUUUGGUUUCUGACCUUGAACUGAGAGUUUGCUUCUGAUCACAUUCUCAUUCUGGCCUAUGCAUGCUUAUGUGUUACUAUCAGUGCUUGAGUUUGUUUUUGGAUGCGUGCUGUUGCCGUGUACAGUCAGCUGAGCUCUGCACGGAGCACUUAAGUUGAAUGGACUGUAAAUAGAGUCUGGUUCAGUGUAGAUAGGGUUGAGGAGAUUGUACUGCUUGUGUUACGACUGCUGCUGAGAAUGUCUAGUUACACACGCACACACAUAACAGUUGUGAUACACAGGCAUGCAUCAACACACACACACACACACACACACUCACACACACACACAAACACACACACACACACACACACACACACACACACACACACACACACACAACCCCUUAAGGGAAGAAUCACUUGUUUUUCUUACCUUUUCCAGUAAAGAUCUUGCAUUGAAUCAUCUUGUUUAUACAACUGUAAAUAAAAUAUACUUG